CCUGGACCUGGACCUGGCCCUGUUCUGGUCAACCGCCCCUUUGUCACUGUCUGGAACAUCCCCAGCGAGCCCUGCGCUCAGCAGUACAAUGUCACCCUGCCCCUGGGGGUCUUUGAUGUCGUGGCCAACACGGAGGAGGCCUUCAUGGGGCAGGACAUCACGCUGUUCUACAGCUCGCACCUGGGGCUCUUCCCCUACUACACGGCACAGGGGCAGCCGGUGGAUGGGGGGCUGCCGCAGAACGCCAGCCUGGCAGCCCACCUGCAGCAGGCCAGGCGGGACAUCGUGUCUGCAUUGCCCAGAGCCACGUAUGACGGACUGGCCGUUGUUGACUGGGAGCAGUGGCGCCCGCUGUGGGCCCGCAACUGGGGCUCCAUGAACAUCUACCGGGAGAAGUCGGAGGAGUUGGUGCAGCAGCAGCACCCGCUGUGGCCCCCCAGCCUUGUGGAGGAGGUGGCCCAGCAGCAGUACCAGAAAGGUGCCCGCGCUUUCAUGGAGCAGACGCUACAGCUGGGUGAGGCCAUGCGGCCUGGUGGCUACUGGGGCUUCUAUGGCUUCCCUGACUGCUACAACAACAACUUCAGCAACCCGCUCUACAAUGGCAGCUGCCCGGUGGUGGAGCAGCAACGCAACCGGGAGCUGGGUUGGCUCUGGAAUUGCAGCCGGGCACUCUACCCCAGCAUCUACCUGCCUCACCAGCUGCAGGGCACCAACAAGGUGCUGCACUAUGUCCGGUACCGUGUGGCUGAGGCCUUUGCUGUCCAGAAGGGCAUCCUCAGCACUGCCAUCCCCGUCCUGCCUUACGCCGAGAUCAUCUAUGACAACACUUCUGACUUUCUCUCUGAGGAGGACCUGGUAAAUACCAUCGGGGAAAGCGCGGCUCAGGGUGCUGCAGGCAUCAUCAUCUGGGGAAGCUACACUGAGAGCGCCUCCAAGGAGAAGUGCCUGAAGCUGAGGGACUACCUGGAUGGGGCCCUGGGCCACUACAUCGUCAAUGUGACAACCAGUGCCCAGCUGUGCAGCCAGAGCCUGUGCUCUGGGAAAGGCCGCUGCGUGCGUAAGGAGGGCAAGCUGGCCUUCCUACAGCUUGACCCCAGCCGCUUUGCUAUCAACCUGAAAGCCACCAAGCCCCAGCCCGUGGUGUGGAGCCUGACUGCCAACAGUGGCAUGUCCCAGCUGGCUGAGGACUUCAACUGCCAGUGCUACAGUGGCUGGCAGGGAGAGCACUGUGACAGCCGGGCCCCCUCUAAUAAGUGAGUAAGGGCUGUCUUCCGUGCCAUGUGCUGCAUUGGAAAGGUUGCACUGCCAUUCCUCCUAGUGGGAAGCACAGGAAGAAAAGCCCAGGCUGCUAAUAAAACUGCUGUGCAUCCUAUAGGGUUGCUACAUUCUUUUAA